AUGGAGCUUAUGCAAAUUUUCGAGCCAGAAGGAACCAUGAGGUUGAAUAUGCGUGGCAAUGCACUUCUCCUGGAGCUCUGUCCUGCACUUUGCAUUUCAAGAAGCAUAUGAAGCUUUCCAAUACAGCUCAUGUUUUUGACUCGAUUUUUAUCGAUCCAUGCAGAGAAACAAAAGAAGCAAUACUUAAGCUUCUUUCAAGAGAAGAUUCGAAAAUAG